AUGGAGAACAAAGGCAAAAGAGAACGAGACAGUGUUUUCAAAAAAAAUGGGAUUUUGCUUUUUACCCUUUCUACUACCGUGUACAACAAGGGAAUCAAAUCCGUUGCAAACAUAGUUAUAAAUCACACAACAGGGGAAAAGCAAGAUGGAAGCGGGAAAUACUAUAUCUUCGAGGGUGGAACUCCAGAUAAACGCCUUGAUUGGGGAUCUUCCUUGAUUUGCAAAGACUACGACUAUUGCGUUGGCAAUGGAAAUAUCGACACGGGAGAUCCCAUUACAGGUUCCCCAGGCAUCGAUCAUGUAAACCCUAUAGUCCAAAAGGAGUUAUGUGAUUGGAUAAACUGGCUCAAGAUUGAAAUAGGGUUUGAUGGGUGGCAAUUUGAUUACGUAAAAGGGUAUUCCUUGAGUUUCACCAAGAUCUACAUGACCAACACAUCUCCCGAUUUUGCAGUUGGAGAGCUAUGGAGCUCGUUAACUCAUGGGCAAGAUGAAAAACCAUAUUACAAUCAAGAUAACCAUAGAAAUGAACUUAUGAAGUGGGCGGAAGAAAGGGAGUUUUUGGCGGGGAUGAGCUAG